AUGGCGCCACUGUUGGGUACCUGGGAUGAUGCAAGCCCCGGCGGAGCUGUAGCUUCAUCAUCAGGCUACGAGGACUCGACGCAGGGAAACAUCUUGUACGUCGACGCAUACGACUCAUUCUCCUACAAUGUCGUGGCGAUGAUCGAGGAUAACCUUAACGCCAAGGUCACUGUCCUGACAAUCGACUCGGAAUGGCCCAAUGGCAACAUGAAAGGGUUUCUACAGCAAUUUGACGCCGUGGUGCUUGGCCCCGGGCCUGGGCACCCUGAAAAUCCCCAGGAUGUGGGCAUCAUGAGGGAUUUCUGGAGUCUGGAGGAGCCAGAUCUGGUACCGGUGCUGGGUAUAUGUCUCGGCUUCCAGAGUCUCUGUCUUCACCACGGAGUCUCGGUGGACCGGCUCCCCUUUCCGUUACAUGGGCAGGUGAGGCAGGUUGUCACGACAGGAAAGGACAUCUUCGAGAACAUGAACAGCCUGGACGUGACUCUUUACCACUCCUUGUAUGCCAGAAUGGGGGGUUUCGCUGAGGAGGUUCCAGACCUGAAUAUCUUGGCCUGGCUCUUCCUUGAUGAUGAAACACUCUCGGCGACAAAACAAGUACCAAUGGCAGUCCGCCAUUCAAGGAAGCCAUUCUGGGGGGUUCAGUUUCAUCCGGAAUCGUGCAAAUCGGAUACACAGGCGUGUCAGCGACUGAUCAGAAGAUGGUGGGAAAACUCGGUUUUAUUCAACAAAAAGACUGGGCGGACGGUACAGAGAGACCGGCUCGCUGACCCGGUUGUGUCUUCUAAUGGUGUGCACACACUGCCUGAUGUCGCACGUACCAUGCUGGACUGGAGUACAUCCUCCUCGACACGUUCUGCAUCACGGGUUCUUGAUACGGAAAGUCUUAAUGCCGAAAUCGUGAAUGAGCAUUUGAAUGUGCCGGGAUCACCAAAUGUCCUUUUCCAGUCCAAUGGGAGAUACAGCGUGAUAUCUGUACCGAGUCCUGGCUCCUGGAGGCUGGAAUAUACUGCGCAGUCCGAGAAACUCUUAUUGGAACAGCUACCAUCGGGACAUCGAACCGAGAAUGAUCCCGACCCGCAUAGCGACAGGGCUGAGGCAGUCCUUUCGGUCUCUCAGUUCUGGGAUAGUCUCCGAUAUUUGAUGGAAGUGAAGAAAGUUGAUGUCGGUCCUGGUUCCCUGCCCUUUUGGGGUGGCUUCCUUGGAUACUUCUCAUAUGAGAUGGGUCUUGCGUGUCUGGCUCAUCCCAAAACUUCCCCCGAUCUACUUUCUCACGAUGAAGAUGCCCCAGGCCCGGCUAAAUCUGUCUUUGAGGAUCCCCCGGAUGCAAGCUUACUGUGGACCGAAAGAAGUAUUGUCUUGGAUAAUGAGACCUUGAAAAUCACUAUCCAGUCAACCCGCUCCUCGGAUGACUUACCUGGCGGGUGGCUAGAUCAAGUCUCCCAACUGUUGACGGAGCUUUCCAGGAAUCAUGACUCGCUCAACACGAAAAAGGAGGAUGUGGCAGAUACAGAGUUCUUAGAUUCUCUUUUGCAACAGAGCACAACAGACUUUCCUAACAAGGAAGUCUAUCGACAGCAAUUCGACGCUUGCAUGGCUGAGCUCAAAGCUGGCGAAUCUUAUGAGCUCUGCCUCACAACCGAAACGUCGGUUGUCUUCCAGACACCAGAGAAAGAUCAGUCGGCCUUACCGUGGAAGCUGUACAAACGGUUGAGAGGAUACAACCCAGCGACUUUCAGUGCCUAUGCCAAUCUUGGAAACGUGAAAGUCAUCAGCAGCAGCCCUGAGUGCUUUCUGAAUUGGGAUCGACACUCUACAUUGGAGAUGAAACCUAUGAAAGGGACCGUCAGGAAAACAGCCGAUAUGACCCUAGAUAAGGCCAAAGAGAUUCUUAGCUCGACGAAAGAGAUGGCAGAGAAUCUUAUGAUUGCAGACCUGAUCCGACAUGACCUAUACGGCAUUUGUGGCUCAGGCCGCGUUCAAGUCAAGAAGCUCCUCGAAGUUGAGGACCACGGCCGAGUCUACCAGAUGAUCACACACGUCAAAGGGGAAGUGGACCAUCGCACACCAGGCGUCUCCGUCCGAGAUAUGCCUCAGUUAAGGACCCCCACCAUGUCGGUCCACGGGCUCACUGCCUUACAGAAAUGCCUGCCUCCAGGGUCAAUGACCGGAGCCCCCAAGGAGCGGUCAUGUAUGCACCUUUGCCAUAUUGAAAAUCGGAAGCGUGGCAUCUUUUCGGGUGUUAUGGGCUUUCUCGACCUAGGAGGUGCUGGCAGCUUCUCUGUCCUUAUCCGAACCGGCUUCACUUGCACAAAUGACAAUUGCGAUUCCCAAGUCUGGCGGAUCGGAGCCGGUGGAGCUAUCACCGUCCUCAGCACAGUCGAUGGUGAAUGGGAAGAGAUGUUGACCAAACUACAGACUGUCCGCAACAUUUUCUCUCCUUCCAGCAACGCCAGGGACAUCACUUCGCAGGUCUAA